UUAUAAUUAAAAAAAAUAUGGCGAACGAAGCCGUAUUAAAGUAUUUGGAAGAUACAAACAGACCAUAUUCGUGUGCCGAUGUGACAGUUAAUUUGAGAGGCGCGUAUACAAAAGGUGUAGUUCAGAAAACGCUGGAUGCACUUUCGGAGGCGGGAAAAAUAAAAUGUAAACUAUACGGCAAGCAAAAAGUUUAUGCUGCUAUUCAACUUGAAGUCGUUGAUGGAUCUUGUGAUAUUGAAGACUACGACGCACAAUUGAAGACUUUGUCCCACCAGUUAGAAGAAAGGAGAAAUAAUUUAAAAACAGUUGAAAUUCGCCUCAAAAAUUUACUAACUACACCCACAUCAGACGCAGCUAAAAAACAAAUUGACGAAAUUAAUACAAACGUAUCGAGAAUUGAGAGUAAAUUGACAGCGUUACGUGAUUCUGUGGAAGUUGUUGGUGCGCAGAAAAAACGUGCUAUUUUAAAUGAACAUGAAAAAUAUUUACGGGAAUACAGGAAGCGUAAGAGAAUCUGUUCGGAUAUGAUAGAAACAGUACUGGACGGUUAUCCGAAAUCGAAAAAGAAUUUUCUGGAAGAGCUCUGCGUAGAAACCGAUGAAAUGGUGAAUUUUAAAUUGUCGACCUGAUGACAUAAUGAUAUAUUUAUUUUUGUAUAUUGUGUUUUGUUUUUCUAAUAUAUUAACCUGAAAAUUAAUAGAGAUUAUAGAAUGGGGACUUGAGCAUUUGUAUAUAAAUAAUUUUCUGGAAAUGUAAUUUAUAAUAUCCGCGUAAUUAUUUCGAAUGAUUAAAUACCUUUUCUUUUUGAAAUAACAAUUAAAUGAUAUUGUCGUCAAAAGUAGCACUUUUGAUAAAAAGUUACGCCUAAUACUUUGCUUAUAAGUUGCGGUUGCAACUCAUAGCUUUUUAAUUAAACAAAACAAAGUUUUCUAUUAAACAAUAAACAUAAAAAUCAUUCUGCCUCCUGGCUGUUUGAUAAUAUACAUAGUCUAUGUUUUUAAAACACAGUCUGUGGAUAAAUCUGUCAUCAAAAAAAAAAAAAGAAAAUAAA